AUGCAUGCUGUUUCAGGCUGCUUGGAAAAUAGCUACAAUAUCACUUUCAUUUGCAAGGCUGGUGCAGAAUUUAGGAACAAAGGUGGCAAUUUACACCUGACCAUCCAACGUUUUCCUGGCUCCCUGAGCUACAUCAGUCCAUCCCAGUUUUGGAUUAGGGCUACUGAUAGCAGCCUGCCAUUGUCACAUCCAGAAAGGUAAGUGAUGGCUUGGGUCAGCAGGCAUUUGUGGGUUGUCCUGCUACAUUCUAAUGCUGCAUAGAAGAAUAGCAUGUUUUCCCCUCUCCAUGUUCUCAAUUCCUGGGCAUUUGCUGAGGAGUCAGAGACUUCAACAGCAUAAUCAAGCUCAGUCUUUUAUAUAUUGACAUCAUGGCACAUUUCUUCCUUUCCCCUUCAGGUUUUCAGCAGAAAUGUUUGUAACUGUGCUUCAUGGUGGUAAGUGACCUUCCGGCCUUGAACCUUUGUUGUCUUGCAACAGGUGUGGGGAACCUUUGCCCUCCAGGGUUUGCAGAACUACACAUCCCAUCAGCCCCAGCAAGCACGGCCAAUGGCCAGGGAUGGUGGGAGCCAGCAUCUUGAAAUAGACUGGGAAUCAGUGCAAUUGUCUAAACACAGGGGGAAACACAUUUCCAGCACCUGGACCCAGUUAGCAACCCCACAGGCUGUAUUUUCAGCUAAACUACAGUUUCCUUGCAAUCUUCAAGGGCACAUUAUAUUAGUCUAACCUGGAGGUUACAAGCAUGUGAAUGACAGCUGUUUCCCUUGGCUUUAUCCUUGCAUAUGUUUUAAAUUCAUUAUCGUUAGGUACUUUGGGAGAUGUUUUACUGAAAGGUGGCAUAUAAAUGGUUAAAAUAAUUUUUUUUCAAAAAAUGAAAUCAAUUUUUGCAUUUUGUUUUUGCAUGGUAGAAAACAGGGCAGACAUUUUUAACAUUCACUGUGAAGUCCAGCGUCUCCUAGACGGCAUCAAACGCCGCUGUGGCUGUGAGGACGAAGGUACAGUAGCUAAAAAUCUUUGUGCACUUUGUAUGUUUUUUUUGGGGGGGAGGAGUGUGUAUCCAUGCAUUUAGAUGUUUCAGUGGGUUACACUCACUGAUAGUAAGCACCUUGAUCCAGCAGAGACUUUGUCAAUUCCUGGAGUGUGGAGGCUAACUGAGACAGCACUCAGUGCUCUGACACAGAUAUCCAGCCUCCUUGUGAGCAUGUUUGCCUUUCUGUUAAAGACUCCAAGGUAUGUAGAAGCACAUUCCUCAGAGAAGGCCUGACACAAAUUGAACACGUGCAGAAAGCUCAAAAUUUAUGUUAGAAAAAAACAGGGAUAGCGUGUGAAUGAAUAACACUUACCAGCUCUUGAAUCAUGUGUUUCAGAUGAUAUAGAGUUAGCAGACGAGAGUGGGCAGGUGAAGAAUUUACUCCAGAACAAGCAGCGCUCCACAACUGAGCUUCUGGGGGAACGUGAGGCCUAUGUGCUCCUGGGUGUUACAAGUAGGUCCCUUGCACCAAAUCUCUAGACUCCCAUGUGGACAGGUAUGGCAGUACAACUGCACAAUGUGCACCUAAAACCAAGAAAGUCUGAAUCCAGUUCUCAUGAUGAUUUAUGCACACUGGAAUCGGUACUAUCUGUGCAUGUAAAGGUAAAAGGUAAAGGACCCCUGGACGGUUAAGUCCAGUCAAAGGCAACUAUGGGAUUGUGGCGCUCAUCUCGCUUUCAGGCUGAGGGAGCUGGGUCAUGUGGCCAGCAUGACUAAACCACUUCUGGCACAACGGAACACCAUGACAGAAACCAGAGCGCACGGAAACACCGUUUACCUUCCCGCCACAGCAGUACCUAUUUAUCUACUUGCACUUUGAUGUGCUUUUGAACUGCUAGGUUGGCAGUAGCUGGGACCGAGCAAGGGGAGCUCACCCUGUUGCAGGGAUUCGAACCGCCAACCUUCCCAAGCCCAAGAGACUUAGUGGUUUAGACCACAGGUUUAGACCUUUACCUGUGCAUGUACAGAUAUGUGCACAAAUGCACAGUUUUGCCUGUAAGGUCUGCUGCUGUGGGCCCUGAUACACUUUGCAAGAAGGUGAGCAGUUCCUUAUUGCUUACAAUUCUGCAUUUGGGUCCACAAAGUGUAGCUACUUCUUGUGUUCUUGGCAGCCAAUCCUAUGCCUGUCACUCAGAGGCAAGGAUAGGUGGAUCUGUCUAUUUUACCUCUGAGUCAAUUUUGCAUGCUUUCAUUCCACCCCAUUUUCCUAUGUAUCUAUGAUUUUAUAAAGAAAAAUCUGCCUGAAAAACCAUAUUUAAAAACAUAUUUAACAAUGUAAAGUAUUUUAUUAGAAAACAUGUAUUUCAGCAUGUAUGGGAUCUCAAUGCCCGUGUUUCUAAACCGAUUUUAUAUACAUUUUAAAGCUCCUUUUGGUUAAAAAAAAAAUUAACCAAGAACAGUAUUGCAAAAUUUGGAAAAAUCUAGUGUUCUGAUCUAUACUCUAGUCCAAGAGAUGAAAAUCAAAUUGGUUCAUGUGAAAAUUUGUGGAAAUCAGUUUUUUUCAACCAGCUCUACUUGUGAGUGAGAACCCACUGAAAAUGAGCUUUGCUUCUAAUAGAAUGUGCUUAGUUAGAACAACGAUGCUAGCCACAGCUGUGAUUGGCAGCUGUUCUGCCAUGUCUUUGCCAGCUAGCUCAACUCUUGCUCUUUAUUCUGACUGCUAAACAGGACAUUCCAUCCCUACCCCUAACCACACACUAUAAUUGUUCUUUACCUUUGCCCUUUCCAGGAGGUGAAAGGCCUUCCAAGAGAGUAUUUACACCUCUGUUGAAAGAUGAGUCCAUCAUUAAUGCUAAGUUCCUAGGUAGGUGGGUGAACUUGCCUCCAUUUAUCUAUGCAAUUUGAAAAGCAUCUUCAAAUGUCAGUUUGUUGUUGUUUAGUCGUUUAGUCGUGUCUGACUCUUUGUGACCCCAUGGACCAGAGCACGCCAGGCACUCCUGUCUUCCACUGCCUCCCGCAGUUUGGUCAAACUCAUGCUGGUAGCUUCAAGAACACUGUCCAACCAUCUCGUCCUCUGUCGUCCCCUUCUCCUUGUGCCCAGGGUCUUUUCUAGGGAGUCUUCUCUUCUCAUGCAAAUGUCAGUAGUCAGCCAGAAUUGCCAUCAGGGCCCAGGGACUGACAACUGUGUGCACUUGCCAGUGAAAGAAGCUAAGCUUUGUCUGUCCCUGAGCCUAGUUGGCCCUGUCAAAGAUGGAUCGGUGCCUCUGGACAAAAAUACACCUCCCAUGCCAAAGAGACAUGCCCAUUUUCAAUGUAGGACAAUACUAUUCAGAAAUGUGGCUUGCCUCUUUGGAACUGGGAACUAGGUUUGUAAAAGGUCCAGCUGUACACUCUGCAUGCACAUGUCCCUUUUUAGAUCUUCCACCUUCAGAUGCAACCAAGAAGGGGUAAAGGGUUUUAUGCCCCUUUGAUUUCAGUGGAAAAUAGGUGAGUGAAACUUUUAUGUAUACAUUUUAUACUGCUGUCAGAAUAGCAGUGAUUUGAGAGCUUUCCAUCACUGCAGUGUGGAAACUUCUGGUGGCAUCACAGAGGGUGGUCUGUAGCAUCAUGAGGACCUUCAGCCACUGUGCCAGAGGGCACAAGACUGCUCCCUUAGUUAGAUAAUUGCUUAUCCUCUAUCUCGCUUUUUCAUUGCACCGUUGAAUUGCUUUGGUGAAUUAUAUAUUUCUCCUACCUGAAGCUAAGCUAGAGAGCUGGCAAGAGCGCAAAGUCCCCUCUCCGAGAGUAAAAUCCAGAAAGACCCACAAAAAAGCAACCUUGGAUAUCCCAGCUGCUGAAGGUGAGCUUAUAAUUAUUAAAGAGAACCUCCAGUUUAUGACCUUUUGUGAGUCUUGAUGGCUAACAUAGAAUCAUAAAAUUGUAGAGUUGGAAGGGAUUCAGAGGAGCAAUUCAGGAAAGAUGACAUGUGUUAGAUAUGGAGAAGUGGAAUUACAUUUUUAGCCAAGUGAGAUUAACAAGCACCUUCAGAAUCCAUAAUCAACUUGGUUUACUUAUUGUAACCCAGCUAUAGCAUAUGAAUUUCAAAACCAGCAGCUCCUUCCCUGAGGACUGCCAGUCUUUUCAUGGUCCAGGGGCAGUCAAGGAACAAUGGCCAGGCACUGCAAGUUGCCUCAGGUGAACUGCUGGGUUGAGAUAUAAGCUUAAAACAUAUUCAAUGAAUAAUGGGUUGCUUUCCCCCUAACAUGGUCACAACCAGAUUUUAAAGGGUUAUAUGUAUCACCUCAAUGUCAUCAUUUAAUGCUAAUUGAAGAUUGAAGGUUGUUGUUGUUUACCAUCAAGCAGUAUAUAAAUUUUAUGAAUUAAAUAAAUAAAUAUUUAAUGACCAUUCUCUGAAUGUACAGUUUGUUUUACAUACAGAGACCAAACUUGACAAAAAUCUCACGUUAUUGUCCAUAUUUGCAUGAAGUAUUUGCUUUCACCACCUUGUUCACAGACACGUUGGUGCUUACAUGAUUAUUGUCUCUUUCCACUGUAGGCUUAAGGAAUCAUUCGCCUCACGGCAGCAGGACAAGGACGCCCGCUGCUUCUCCGAAACAAAGCAGAAAAUUAUGA